AACCCUGGGGGAGCUAAUGUAAUUCCCCAUUGUCUGCCUCCUUAGAACUAGUAACUGUAAGACAUAUGGCCAUUUAUUUGAUUAAGUGACGCGUAACUGGACAAUCAUGGUGACGUAGAAUGCUGAGGUACACACUAUGUACUCGUGACGAAACCAAAUCUAAUCCAGAAAUCCCUUUAUUUUAUGUCUCUCCUAUCUCUAAUGUGUCUGCCCUCUAAUUGAUGUGCUAAUAAAACUGGAAAAAAGCUGUAAAUGUUGACAUUAAUGGCACAGAUUUCUAAUUUCAUAAGUCACGUGCUGUUAACACAUAAUACUAUGCUGCAAAAUGUUGCCACAUCAUGACAUAUGGCCCUAGCUGAGCCCAUCAAAGGCUCACCUGACUAACCAGGGGUGUGGCAACACAGAAGCUCUAUAAAUAAAAGCAUGUCAAGAAUUUCAUUCAUAACUUGGACAAACCCCAUCCACUGAGCUGCAGCACUCUCAAACCAGACCUACCUGGCAGGAUCACCAUGCUCAGACCACGCACACUUCAGCAGCUCAUCUCUUGCACGCUGUUGCUCCUCGCCUCCCUCUCCAGCUCAGGGGAGAGCCGGCCUCACGUGGCCCACCAAGGCACACCUGAGGUGGACAGAACGGACAGCCACAGGGUCCUGCUUCUGGAGGCGGUGAAGACGGGGAUCCUCGGCUCGUUGGGUAUGGACAGGGAGCCCAGGCUAACUCAAAAAGCCUCGGAGGAAGAGCUGAGAAAGAUGUAUCAACUCUACAGGGAAAAACAGAGAGAGAUGAGAGGAAAUUCCAGCCAGCCGAUGAGGGAAACCUGGCAAUCCACCAUGUCUACUGUGCUCUUUCCAGCUACAGUGGAGCCAAUGAAAGUGGUUGGGAGGGGAGCACACCCACAACGCAUGUAUUGGUACAGAGCUGUUUUCCACAAGACCCCCAAUAUCCAGACUGAACUGACACUAGCUCGAGCCGAGCUGAAGAUUUCCAGGCAGAUUUUAAAUAAACCCACCUCAGUUCAGCCUGAGGCAAGACGAGAAAUUAAAGUUAAAGUCAACCGGAUGAAGCCGAUGAACUCUGCUGCAUGGACACAUGGAGACUCUCCAGUGAGUGCCAACGCGUCACGCACUCAAGACGUGGUGCUGGACAUCAGCCCUGAGGUGGAGAGGUGGAUGAAGACUAAUGGUGGAGAGGCACUGUUAGUGGAUGUUGGGACAGCUGUGGGUGACAAAGAUGCCCUCAGGGCAAAUCCGAGCAUUUCUCUGGAGUUAGGCCUCACGCAGCCCAAACCAGCCGGGAAGACGAGGCUGCCUCGCUCCAACAAGGAGGACGUCUGCGAUGAGCGAGGAUGGUGCUGCCGGAAGUCUGUCACUGUGUCCUUUAGAGACAUUGGCUGGACGGACUGGGUGGUGGCCCCAACUGAGUACACAAUGCAUUUCUGCGAUGGCACCUGCCCCCACAACUACAAGCCUGCAAGCAUGCACACGCAGGUGAAGUCUCGGCUGCAUCAGAUUACCAAAGGAGGGUCACCUCGCCCCUGCUGCGUGCCGGCCGCCUAUGAGCCCAUGGUCCUCAUGCACUAUGACAGUAAGGGAAAGUUGAAGCUGACUCCCUUCAACGACUUUAUUGUCAGUAAAUGUCACUGUGCCUGAGGAACUGUCCUUGAAAAAAAUGCCACAUGCUGAUUAUGCUCUCAAAGGAUCAUGUAUCACAGCUGCAUAAAUUGGUGUUUUUCACUGGUUAACUCAAUUAAAAUUGCAACUUUAUUUUGAAGAAAAACACGUUACUGCUGCACAGAGUUUUGUAUUGCAUUGUGGAUCAAGCAAUGAAUCUGUUCAUUCAUAGUUUUAUUUAUUUAAAGUUCUAUUUAUGGUCCUAAAGUUAUAAGUUUUGGGGUUUUAUUAUUGUUGUUUUAUGUUACAGCAUAUUUUAGUACCAUUCAAUGUCAUUGUCACUUGUUUAUUUAAAGCACUGUAUUGUUUUAAGAGGCACAUGGUUUAGAUAUAUUUUGUUUGUCGUCUUACACAUUUCAAUAAUUAAAUAUGAAGACCUAAAUAAAUGUUCUGAUUUAUUCACACUGAACUGUUGCACUUGAAUAUAUCAACAUGUACAUUUCAUAAUAAA